AUGUCCUCUUCAUCUGGAUUCCAACCCAUGCCAGGCUGGUAUUGGCCAGACGACGUGCCAAAGGACGAACCCUCAGCCUCGUCAUCAACAGCGCAAUCUCGUCCUACGGGUACCUCAGCACCUGAUGGUUCCUCACAGACAGGACAAAGCACACGGCCCAGACGUACCCACUGGCCGCCGCGACAGUGCAGGAUAUGCUUAGAGAUUGUUCAGCCUACCUUCAACGCGCCGUCUGAGAGUCUUCCGGGCUUUCUGCAGUCAUCUAAUCCCAACGUGGUCUACGAAGACGAAGGCGGCCGCUUAAUCAGGCCCUGUCUGUGCAAAGGAUCCUCCAAGUAUGUCCAUGACGGAUGUCUACAAGCAUGGCGUCACGCAGAUCCUAGCUAUGGUCGAAGAAACUACUGGCAAUGCCCAACUUGCGGUUUCAAGUAUCGACUCGCGCGACUUGGGGCAGGUCGCUUCGUUGGUAGCAUCACUGCUCAGAUCGUACUGACUGUUCUGAUUAUGACGUCAAUGGUUUUCAUUCUUGGAUUCUUUGCCGACCCUAUUCUCAAUCUCUAUUUUGACCCGUGGAGCACUCUCAUGCCCUGGACAAGCUCUAGUCGAGACUACCACUACGAACCUGAGGACGAGGCUGCCUCUUGGGGUGAGCACUUCGCCAAAGGAUUCGCUGGCAUGGGUGUGCUCGGCUUUUUGAAGGUCUUUGUCACAAGCCCGUUGUCCUACUUCAGGAUUGGCGGUGGUCGGGGGCGGGCGACUGGCCGAGAUCGGUACGAGCAGGUCAGCUGGAUUAUUAUCCUGAUUGGCGUAGGGACGUUCUUGGCAGCAAUCUACAAAGGCGUUCGGGUAUGGAGCCGCCGCACGCUCGAAAGAGCUGGCGAACGCGUUAUGGACGUCCAGGGCGACGAUGAUGACGAUGAUGAGUAG